GUUUAAAAACCCAAUAUCAGCCAAAGCCCAAAGUCGUCGACCUCUGGCAUCGUCGGCGCCACCUUUCUCCUCCGUUCUCCGCCGUCCCUUCAAAGUAAAGCGUCAAUUAUUUAUACUUCUAAUUGCGGAAGGAAGAAGAAUAUUCGGAAUGAGCGGAGACAUAACAGAAGCAGAAAAUUACUACUCCAAAGAUUUCGAGUGGGAACAGCUCAGGCUUGAGGUCGAGACCGACCCCACUUUCCUCUACCAUUUACUGCCUUUCAACAGUGAUGGCGUAUCCAACUCCACCACGGAUUCCUCCAAUUCAUCGCCACUUGAAGAUUCUGACGCAUGGAAUAAGUUUCACUCUCGCCAUUCCACUGGGAAGUUCUUCAAGGAGAGGAGGUAUUUACUGAAAGAGUUUCCCGAACUAGCUUGUAGGGGCCAUUCUAAAGUUUUGGAAGUUGGAUGUGGUAACGGCAGCACUGCUUUGCCAAUUUUGAGGGCAACAGAGAACAGUGUAAUUUAUGCAUGUGAUUGCAGCAAUGAGGCUCUUGAUAGAGCUAAAGAGAAUAUUUCUGCUGCAAACUUGACCACUGCCCAAGAUCGAUUCCAUCCUUUCUUAUGUGAUGUUUCUACAUUUGAGUUUCCCAAGUGGCUGGCCUGCAUCUCUUGUCAAGAAAGAUUUAUGACAGCAGGAGAAACACAAUACUCAUUGUGCUCAGAGGAGAGGACUUGCUGCAUUGGUGGGGUUGAUCUUGUUACCUUAGUAUGUAGUCUUUGUGCUUAUUUUUACUUGGAGCCGUUAUGCUUUUACUUGAAAUUCUGUUGGCAGACAAGAAGCCUAUAUAUCAAUUAUUUACUUCUCUUUUAUUUAACCUACCAGAUAUUCACUUUAUCAGCAUUACCACUCCACAGGAUGACAAUGGCCAUCAAACAAUGCUUCUCUGUCUUGAAGCCGGGUGGCAUACUCUUGUUUCGGGAUUAUGGUAAUAUGGUGACCAAACUAGAGUUCAACAGCUGAUAUGAGUGUGUUGUUCUUUCCGUCUUCAACAGUGUUGGCGUUGGUGUUGGUUUCCCUGAUGUCUUUCCUGGUUUAUGUGUUACCCAGGUCUGUAUGAUAUGACUAUGCUUCGGUUUUAUCCUGAGCAGAGAGUGGGAUAUAGGGAGUACAUGCGAUCUGAUGGGACCCGCUCCUAUUUUUUCUCCUUAGAAUUCACUAGAGAUCUCUUUUCCAGUGCGGGGUUCACAGAGGUUUGCAUCUAAACAUAGCUUUUCAUGGAUAAACUUAUGUCUAGAUACUUAUCUUUCAGGAAAUUCUUUCAGCUUUGCCAUGAGUUUGGUAAUAUUUUAGGUGGGGGGAAUUCUUUUUAAUACUGGAAAAUUGUAAUUUAUGUUCCGCUGCUUACUUCCUCGGCUUGCCUGUUCGUUGGGAGGGAUUGAGGGGUUCUCAAUAUUAGUUCACUUGGACAAAAAUGUAAAAGAGCAUGGGGGAAACAUAUAUCAGCAAAUGUCUCCUCGUGUUCAAUUUGCUAGAAAUUUGAUGUUGUCCACUUUGUUCUUGUGUUACCUUCAAUAUCAAGAUAAUGACCAGUAUUAGCAAAAUCUUGCAGCUUGAGCUGGAAUAUUGUUGUGUUAGAUCCACAAAUCGGCGUAAUGGGAAGAUUAUGCGAAGGGUGUGGGUUCAUGGCAAGUUUCAGAAAGGGAAAUGAAGGUAAAGCUGCUAUCAGCGUAAGUAAGUUGCAGACUUGUGUCCAAUUGGAAACUGACGCACUGAUGAACGAAGGUCUACUCCACUAAAUAGAAAUAGUAAACUAAAUGCAUGCUUAUCAAUGGCAUAUAGGAACGCUUACUUUGCAAUCUGAAGAACUGAAGUAUACAAUGGAUAGAGACAGCGUACUUCACAUUAAUUCAUUUGUUCCCCAUUUUAGUUCGUCCUGGUUGGUUUGUGUUUUACCUUUUACUUUUUCUCUUUUUUUUUUCUUUUUCUUUUUUUUUUUCCUACCGGUCUUUUUCGGCUACAAAGUAGAGAUGUACUAGUAUCUUUUUAGGUCAACAUUCUAUCAGAGCUCGAAGUUACGGACUUACGGUGUCAGUGUCCCACUACGCAGUGAGAUUUAUUAGCAAUUGGGGUCCUGUUUUCUUACGCCGAUGAGUGCAUAAUAAAACGACCAAGCAUACUUUCUGAU